CCAUACCCAAAUUACUAACCAAACCAUUUCUAUUUUUUAAAAGCCCAGCCCAUUUUAUAAAAAAACCAACCCAGACCAUAAAACAUAAAAAUGGUAAACCGGUUUACCAUUUCACUUAGUUGGUUUAGAACCGGUUUAUUCUUCUCAAAAUUAAUUUCAAAAGCGAGAAACCAAAUAACACAGUCAGAAACCAAAUCACAAAAUCACAGUUUCAUCAAUCAUCGCAAAUCCUCCUCCUCCGUCAAACCCACUCUCCUCCUCCGUCAAACCCACUCCCACCGGCGAAUCCUCCUCCGUCAAACCCACUCCCACCGGCGAAUCCAUCUCGUCCUCUGUCGCACAACCACUCACCAUCGACGACAAUCCAAUCAGCUUAAAUCGCAAAAUCAGCUUAAUCGCUUGGAUGAAAUAUUAGAGGAAGAAGGGGAUUUAGAUGUCCUAAUUUGGUGGAAGGAUAAUUGUACUCGAUAUCCAGUCCUUGCAAGAAUUGCAAGAGAAGUGUUGGCUAUACCAGUCUCUACGGUUGCCUCUGAAUCUGCCUUUAGUACCGGAGGGAGAGUGCUUGAUGCAUUGAUUUGCACACAAGAUUGGGUUAAAAAAAAAGAUCAUGGCAUUGAGACAUCAUCUUUGGUUUCAUAUGAUGAUCUUAACACUCUACAGCAACUUGAGCAAGCUGUUUUCUUGUAGCUGGUGCGGGUGUUGACUAGCCCUCGUGCUUGGUUGGCUAGAAGUAAUUGAUCAAUCUUGCUGGUGGGGUUUUUUAUUUUGGCUUCAUCCUCUUGCGCCUCAAGUUUGCGUUGGAUGGUGUCCUCUCCAGCUUAGCCAGAAGCAUUUGGGUUGCUUUGUUUGGUUUUUUAACUUUGGUUUAGUUACUUUGUUUGACUGUUUCUUCAUUUUAGUUUGUCAAUUAGUUUUCUCUAGUUUGUAAUUUUUCUUCACUUCUUGCUGCGUGGUGGUGUUGUCUGAGUUAAUUCUUAGCUUGCGAAGUUAGCCAUGAUCUUGUAGAUGUAUAUGUCAGGAGCAAAUAUACAUCUCAGAGGCAUCCUAUAUUGACAAGUUGCACAUGAGGCAUAGUAAUAAUGAAUUCCUUUUUGUGUUUUGCAGAUUUUUUAUCAAAUCUUGGUAGUUCUUCGGCUUCUACGAGGCUCGAUGACGAUUGAAGGUAAUUAUGUCCCAAUAUUAGUAAUUUUUAGGCUAUAAUGAUGGAGUUGAAUGAGUAUGAUGAGUUGAAUUAGGCAGUUAUAAUUAUUAUGACAGAUUAGUUUGCAUAGAUAUUGUCCAGUGAGUUUCAUUGUAAUAAUGCUGCCUAAGUCCUUCUGCAUAAUUGAACUGGUGUAGUCAGUAGUGUACUUAGCUAUUGUCUUGUGAGCUGCAUAAUUGAAAAUUAGUGCUUAAUUCUGGUA